AUGGUUAUGCUUAUUGUUGUGGGGCUUCUCAUCGACCACGCCGGCUUGCGCGUAGUAAAGAUUGGAUCCACUCUCCUCUACUUUAUUGGAACCCUAAUGUUUGCAUUUGUAUCAGCUGAUGUAUCUUGGCUCAUCUUCCCUGCCGGCUGCUUCACUUGCGUCGGAGGAAUGGGGAUGAUGGUUUGCGACUUUAGCAUAAGCCAACUUUUUGAUGCAACAUCUGUGCUUGUCCUGGCCUUCAUAACCGGUUCCUACGAUGCCUCCUCCAGUAUGUUCGCCAUUGUCAGUCUCACCAAUGACGCUGGGCUGCCUUUCAGGACAUCCUUUAUCAUCUUAAGCGUUGUGGGCACUGCAAUGGGACUUUUCAGUGCAGCCUUCAUACUUACAGCCAGGAUGCCUAGUAUGCCGGAAAUCAAGAAAAACUCGAAAACGGUCGUUGCUGACGUCCUUGAGGAUUCAGAGGCGAAAUCGACGGUAAAUGACACUGUUUAGUCUGAAUACUUAUAUCCUGCUAGAGGCGUCAGAGUCCAGUAUCACAAUCCGUCCCGAUAAAUUCAAUAGCUGUCUGCCCAGACCUUGACAAAACAUAUUUUAACAGUUCAUUCCACAGAUGACGGAAAAUCAUCGAGGCAAAAAUAACGUGAUGCCAUUUUGUCCCAUUUUUGGAGUUUGAUAGUCGCCUUUAGAUAGCAUGAGCCACGCAACGGUCAAAGCAUAUCUGAACAUUGAUAUGUUCACUUAUUAGGCCGUCUCUUCUUCUUAUAAAUUAAGUAGUCGAAUUUCAGUCUUGUUGAGUGGAGACAAAAGUGGAAAAUUUGUUAGUUGAGAAGAAAAAUCCUACUGAAUUUCUGGUGUCGUAAAACUUGGAAGAUGGAAACUACACUAAAACUCUCAACUCCCAUAAAAGUCUUCGCUAUUCAAACUUGUAUAAAUAAAAAAUAGUUAGUUAAAAUCACAGAGUUCAUUGCUUGUAUUCUAUAUAUGAUAACCUUCGGGUGGUUUAAAGUCUGCAACGAAAAUGGACAAACACAGUAUUUAGAGACAUUUAAAAUUUCACCCUUUUAAUGGCCUUUUUUCUGGAUAGGAAAAAUUUAUUGCUAUCGUGUUCUCUGUGAUAACGAAUGCAAUCACCUUACAAAUAAAGAAUUCGUAGCCAAAGGCUAAGUGACCAAUCUGGGUCGGAUAUUAUGCUUAAGUUUACGAUGCUUUCCACACAAAAACCCAGACUCACGCUUUACGAAAUAGGCAGUACCUCCUACCUACAAUAUUGCAAAACACUAUGUGAUCAAAAAUUCCUUCAAAACCGUAAACCUAUUGAUUAUAGAAAACUCUACAAAAUUCAUAAAGCCUCUAAAAAAGUAAAAGAACUUCUUCAGUCAAUUAAAUUGACCACAAGCUUAUUUUUUCCGUUUAGAUGCCUUAAGAUUCGGAUUAUGAUAUCCGUAAAACACCACCCCAUAUAUUUCUCCAUUGGUUUUUCGUCGCCUAUAGCAGGCAUUUAACUUUUGUUUGCAGCUUUGAUGUGCAGCGCUUCUGAUAAGUUCGCUUUAACUGGGGAUUGUGUUAGCAAAUAAAGCUAGCACGAGCAUAAGUGAAAGUAAGUUUGGACGUCCUUUUUGGUCCGCUCUCUUCUGCCUAAUUAGUUGCAUAAACCCUAGCUAGCCAGGGUGCUUAUCUUCAUGACACUUGGUUAGUCUUCCCUCGAAAACCAACUGUACUGACUAAGAGCCUACAACUUCAGAGUCAGAGAUGUGUCUUUGUUUUGCGUGUGUUGUACAGCAAAAAACCCGCAGAAUUACGAAUGAAGACAAUCCUCCCACUUGUCCCUACGGCAGUACCAACUUUCGGUUUCAGUUCGGCCUAUUUGAACAUGUUCAUACCCACUAUUAUAUCACAAGAGCGAUCUGUUGUCAUCAUCAUCAUCAUCAUCAUCAUCAUCAUCACCACCAACACCACCACCAUCAUCAUCAUCAUCAUCAUCAUCAUCACAGUCAUCGUCAGCGAUGUAGACAGAGUGCAAACUUGUUCACAUCCUGACCGCACAUUCCAAUCACGCAUCGAUCUGAUAGGUCUCUUGUAAUCCAUCGUAGCAUGCCAAGAAGACCGGUUUCUGAAUCCCCGGCUAACUCCGGUCACUCACACCAUCCCGACCCACAUUGUGUCCUCACGUUCAGUCACCUCAUGGGCCAUUUCAGUCAUAUGCAUAUAAUGAUCUCUCUUCGAUAGCGGGGUUGCUUUCCAUAAGCCGCAAUGAAAAGUGGAAAUUCACUAGAUAAGAAUCGCGGGUUUUUAUCACUACUUUUUUAUAUCUAAACCCUAGUAAGCUCUCCCAUCCUCCUAUAAACAUUUAUCGAGCAGUUAUACAACAUAAACCAUUUGUAUUCUAUUGUAUAUGGGGUGUGAUUCGCAAAACCAACUGGACAAACAAGCUGAAGAAGCAUUAGAAACAAAAGCGCCCAUUUUCUGCAGAAGUCAUCUAACCAGCGAAAAAUCUGCGAUACAGAUGUAGAUGUAGAUGUAUAUAUGUAGAUCUGUUUGCAUAUAAAAUCGGCAAUGGAAUGAAGGCACGAAAUUCGAGACGCGAUACAGCUUGGGAUUACUGUAUAUACGAUACCUAUAGCUAGAAUAUCAUUCAUCACUCAGUUUCGUUCCCCUUCUAUGCAUACAGUUAUCAUAAUGAACUUUUUCGUCCUUAGCGUCAUCCAUCUGUCACGCAUUCACCCAAGAGUUACGUAAACCGACGUCAUUAAAGAAAAGCCAGAUGGUGAACUUACAUGUUUUGAGCGCAAGUAACAUGCGAUACUCUAAGCUCUAAACCACGCCAGUUACUGUGCUCAGCCUCAAUAUCAGUCAACUAACGGGCUCAAAUUGGCCGCUAAUGUGUGGUAGAAGGUGGGGAGAAUGAGAUAUUUCGUGGGAAAUUCUUCCUGACGUCAAACCAGUAGCUUACUCCCAGUUCAGGGAGUGUUCGAUGAGGUAAUUAUUACGUCCUGCCUUAAAAAGGAGGGUCAGAUUGAAAUCUUUACAUCCUUUUGUGGCCUAGUGCCGCCCCCAUUUCUGCAAGGCGGGUGUAGAACAAGCGUUAGACGGUGUUAUGUUAAACGUCGAUUGCUUUACCCACUCUUGGUUCUAAUCGGUAUGACUCAUAAAGGUCACCGGCAUCACAAAAGAGAGAAGAUAAAAUUAUAUCGGUUAAACUCCAGACCAUAGACCCGUUAUGAAAAAGCGAACACUUCGAAACUGUGAUGACGGCCUAAAAGAGCUGGCUUCGGAAGAUGUCAAAGAACAUGAUAACUUCCUCCUACUCGACUAAAAGAGCCCAUUCCUAAUGGGAUUUUCUGACAGUUUCAUUUGCGCGAGACCAGUAACAUCUCCCUUGAACAUCCCUCUAAAUAAAGCCUGGUACGUGGAAAGUGGAGCAGUAGGCCCUGUAUUGUAAGCAAAUGAGUCUAUGCCACGUUGUCAGUAAUUGGGCCCAGACCCGUCUCCGUCGUUUUGACUUUGUUUUGCAGUUUGAGCGCAGAUAAUAAAGGAGAAAAGAGUAACGCCCGUUCAGCCCAAGUGUAUCUCACUGUAAAUAAUUUCACGCACAAAUCAUGACUGCGUCUACCACGCGGGACAAUCGUGAACUUAGGUAGUUGUGAUGAUUGAACAGUCCUGUGUACGUUAACCCUGAAAGCAGAUCCUACUCAUCAACUGGAUAGUUUAAAUACCUAGAGAUCCAGUAUUACCUUAAAAAAAUUAUCCAGGUAUCCUUACUUUCCGAAAGCCCAGAAGUAGACUCAGUAAGGGUGAAACUGAUUUCGGAGGCGCUAGGAAGCAUCUUCAACGACCCUCUGUCUUGUUAUUUUGAGCCACACUGUUACCGAUCUUCAAAAAACUUGCCAUUAUAGCUGUAUGCGUAAAAGCGGAUUGCUGACUUGAAAGUCCCGUACUUAUUCGCUGUCUAUGACUUCACUUAAAGCUAUAAUGUGUAAUUAACCAAUUGAGUAACCAGGCACACGAACGACUAGAUGUGGAGAUAGGCAGUCUUAUAUUGCGCCAACUGAAAAUUUACUACAAGGGUGUACUAUGUUAAAAGUUGCUUGCUUUUCAUAAGACGGUCAGAUGUGAGAGAAAGAAGGACGUCACCGACGUUUACAAUUCAGAUCGUCCUCUGGUACCAAAUAGCAGCUACGUUUUAUAUGCGCUUGAUAGAAUGAACGGCAAUGAUUCUGGUCCUUCUGCCCUGACAAGGUCGCCGGCUGUCCCCGUAGAGACGAGGUAGGCCCAGAGGCGACAUUUUAGGCUUUUGAUUGGGUGUCCAGAUAGUCUCUCUUGUCCGAAAACGCAAUCAAUCUUACUUCCACUAACAUCGCUUGAUAAUUGUCCCCGGACUGAUGUGGAUACGAAAAACGAAGGAGUGCAAAUAAUGUUAAACAACCCUCUCCAGAAGACUAGUGAACAGUAUUCUUCCAGAGUUUGCGGAUGAAGCAAACUAUCAAACUUUGCCGAAUAUUGGAUCCCGUGUCCUGACUUUUGUCAUUUUUACUACAAAGUGGUCAACUUCAUUCAUUCCUUGACACAAGACUCCAUACAGAGUUUCGUGUCAGUCACUGGACUACGUAAGUAUGAUAAAUUGAUAUUUUCUGUCAUUCCCUAAGUUAACAACUGAACUUCCUAUUAUUCAUUUUAUGCAGCUGUGCGGUGAUGUGUUAGGAUUGAAAGUUAUGAAAUAUCUCUGGAACGAUCGGCCCGCUGCGUAUGCACUCUUAAACUAUGCAGAUAUCCAAAUCCAUAUGUAUUCAAACAACUUUUUAAAUGAGGCUGGCAUACACUAAAACAUGAAAGAGCAGUGUUCAUAAAGACGGUUAUAAGUGUCAAAUCAUUUAUCAGAGAAAUUGCCAUUCAGUUUUAGGAAAAACCGACCUCAUGUAUGCACCGAAAAUGUGCUUAGAAUGAUCCACUUCUGGUCGAAUUCUCCGUUAAUGUAUUGUUAUUAUCAGUACUGAGAAUGCGGGUAUUUACGUUCUUCUAUGUGAAGGCCCACAUGAGUUUCAGAGGCAGUCUGGUAAAAAUUGACGGGCUGAGACAGCUUUUGAACGCUUUUGGACUUUUGCGUACGGAUGGACUUUGUCAGUUACAAGAUGCCACAAAGAUCAGUUUGCCAACUUAUGAGUACAGUUAGAAUGUCAGUAAAUGCCCAAUAAUUGUCGGUGCUUGUCGCUUUUUUCGAACAUAAAUGUAUGGAAAAAGCUCUGGUGAAUUUAAACAUAUUGGGUGCUUGAAUGCAGCCUCUCGGUAUAGCAUUGCUGCGUCCAAGUAGCAGAGAAGAACCACGAAAGUAUUUAGGCAAUUCAAAGCCAAAUAAAGGAAAAGCCUGUGUUUAGUUUGACGAAAACACGGGUCUUUGUAGAACCUAUUACGUAACUUCAGGCUUAUGCUAUCGUCCCGCACCAACUUCAAGCAUUUGCGACUAAAAGCACAAAGUAUCUCUAUUCUCAUAAAUUUGUUAAUCAAGCCAUAUUUAUAAUAUUGCAAAUUUAUGACACAUUAUUCAGUUCAUUUUAGGGAAUAUUCAUCUUGAUCGUCCGUUGUCAAAUACGCACAUUUAGAAGUACUCUUCGUUCUGCACGAGAUAUAUAUGAUAUGCGGGUACUGUUCCUCAUGAUAAAUAAUAAAUAAACAAUAUUUCGUUUAUCUCUUAGGUUAGGAAUGAAUGGUAGUCUUUUCUAAAAGAAGCAUCACUUUUUAUGGCCACGUUAUUAUUGAGGCAUUUGGUAAAGAUGAUUCCGUAGACCUGUUUCCCUCACACCUGCCAAGCGUAUUAAGAACGCUGGUGGAUGAAAGAAUUCUUAUGGGACAUAACCAACCAUUCUAGAGAAUGACUGUCUGGCACCGAAGACUCUGGCAAGACGUGCGAUUGCAUCUUAUACGUACUAAAGAUCGACAAAAAUCUUUCAGCUGCUAACUCUAAUGUCUUGGUUGCAAAGAUUGGCUGUCUUGCUAAGUCAAAUAUACGUCAGCCAGCGCUCUGGCUUAAAGAACCGUUUUACGCUAACUGGUGUGCCUACCGUACGGUUAAAGGGUCAUCUUUCAAUUAAAUGAAUAUAUUUUUUAAGAAAACAUCUCACACAGAUAUUCCGUACAGACAUUUUAGCCUUUUAUACAGAUAAAUUAAAUGUCCUACAUCUGGUCUUAAGCCAAAUUCUUGCCAACACAUUCGCUUCUAUCAAGUUUUGCCCAAGUACUGAAGAAGUAGUAAACUGCAAAUUUGUUGUCAAACAUGAUUUUCCUCAAAAUUUCUGUUCUCCAGGUUUAUGGAUCCGCUCUCGAGGAGACGGCAUCUUAUGCAGUGGAUGACGACCAGACACAAAACGGGGAGCAGCUGGAAGAAGAUAUCCAGAUUGAAAACAUUUUGCGCGAUCUGCAUCCGACCCAGGGCAGUUCGCUCAAAUCGCUGCCUUUUUUCCUGGUCACUCUGUAUUUCUGUUGUGCUCUUCUGCGAUUUUCUUUCUUUCUGGCUCAGCUUACGCCCCAGGCUGAUGAUCACUUUCACGACGAGGUGAUAACUGCUCGCAUAGGCCAGAUCCUUUCGUACGCUCUCGCCGGGGGCAUUCUAGCUGGAUUACUUUGUGGUGCCGUCAUCGACAAGUUACGAGCAGUGUUUAAACCAAAAAUUUCACAUUUACUAUCGUUCGAGAGGAACGACGAUGUAGACAAGGCAGUUAUGUGGCUCAAACUUCUGCCCAUGUCCAUUUCCAUGCUGAUCAUGAGCACUUUUGCUCUCGUCGUAAGCUGUCUUGUUUUCAUCGCAGACGAACGAGUCUACUAUGUCAACUUCUUCUUUCUCGUAAUAAUGCGUGGCUUCCUAUUCAGUACUUUUUCGUCUUCCAUGAUGGCCGUCUUUCCGGUCGCCCAGUUUGGCACCCUCUACGGCAUUGGCGGUGCAAUUGCGGGAGCUUUCUCCUGCCUUCAGUAUGCUCUACUUGUGCCAGUACCCAAAAUUGGGAAUGGAAUCGCUCUUGGAAUCGUCAUCAUCAUGUUCAUUCCAGCCAUUGUCAUCAUCUGCAAGGCGCUUCGAGCAAACAAAAUCGCCUUUCGAGGCGCCUCACCCGCAAAAUUUGAAAAUAAACUUUCAGGGGCAGAGGAAUACGACUAG